CCACUGUAAUUGGAUAAUAUGAUGUGAAAUGCGUUUGGUAAAUGUAAAAAGUCUAGGAAGAUGAUUAAGUUGCAACAAUGGAGACCACACAUUUGAUAUAGAGUAAUUGCUAAAAAAGAAAGAAAUGUAUACCUGUUAUAUUUACUUUUUAAAAUCAUUUGAUAUGUAUUAACAUGUGUUUUGAUUUCCAACAUACUGUAAAUCUUAAUCAAUUCUGUUGAUGUUCAUAAAUACAGAUUACUGUUAGGGACUUGCUGCUCAUGAUUGGGCACAUAACAAGCUCAGUAUUGGAGGAGGUAAAUAGCAUCCUGAUCCCUGCCUUGGUUGACCUUAUAAGGCUGAGAGCUUCAGAAAGUGCUGCAGAGAAUAUGCUCCCCAUCAGCAAAGACACCAACGAAGAUUCAACCCAGGGCUCUGUCAGCUGUACCUCCCUACUCUCCAAAGUCAAUGCGAUCUGUCUCACUCAGAGUCCUGACAGUAGGUCCUCCCCAAUCUCCAUUGAUGAACCAGUCACUGCUGUCCAGACUUAUUGUAGCAGCAGUUCUCUGUCCAGUGAGGAACGAGCACACUCUUUCUCCAGUCAGAUCUCCACUAAGAACCUGGCUGCUUGGCCACGUUCUGCCAAUCCACCAUCUGCUAAACCACCACCUGCUAAACCACCUACUGCCACUGACUACUCUGGAACCUUAUCUGCUGUGGUAGGUCGUGGGCCUGUCAUCCCUGUCAAACUGACCGUGGCCCCUUUCUCCUCCUUAAUCUCCAGCGACGAGACCAACACCAACCUCUCCUCCAGCAGCCUCCCCUCCUCGUGCUCCAUCAAGCUUUCAGACAGUAGGAGUGUAAUUCCCAUUUCAAAUGUUCUUGGACCUGACUCUAGCAGCAGCCCUGUGCGGGAGAAUCAAUUUGCUACUGAGGUCUCGUCGAUCUGCCUCAGCCGAGAUAGAAAUGGCCGAGGAGGGAGUGUGACACCUCCAGCCCCUUUGGAUGUUUCCCUCCCCUCCAUUAUUGAGCGCGCUGGCGGACUUGUAUGUUCCGUCAUCUCCCAGUCUUUAGCAAUUGUGGAGGCGCGGUCAAGUGUGAAUGGUGAGGAGGGCUCUCCAUCUCCCACCACAGUCUCCCAUUCUCCUACAAGGGUGUUUGUCAGCCACUUAAGGAGUAGCCCACUAGGUGAGGACCUUGUAGAUUCAACACUUGCGGAUGUUAUCUCUGUCCUGAAAAUGGAGGGAAUUCUUUCCUCCUCUCCGACUUUGGAGGAGGAGCUGCUUGAUCUCUCCUCCAGUUGUUCUUCGUCAUCAAGCGAAACACUGCAAUGUGUGUCUGUUGGCCCUCUUGGCAGUGGGUCGGAGACGUCCUUCAAACUUCUUGGGGGUCGUACUCUGAGUAUCGCCACCCCAACGGCCCAUGUUACCACAGAGGACUUAGAAGUCUACAGUGAUGAGAUCAUUGACGAAAUCCUUAUUAUAAUGAGGACCAAAAAAGAUGAUGACAGUGGAAGUGACGUCUCUGGUGCAUCAACACCAUGCAACACACCAGCACCACAGAGCCGGUCCUCUUCUGCACUGAGGGGAGUGCUUCCCCAUGACAGGAGGAUACUCAGCACAACACUGCUUGGAAUCCAGAACACACUAGACAGUGAGAACCUCUCAGGAGAGUGUUCCACCUCACCACAGGACAAUGCCAGAGUCCUGGAGAUGAUAAAGUUGCUGCAGAGGCGCCUUGAGGGGACACCCUCAGAGUCCUCCAGCCAUAUCACAGAUGUGGCUUCACCCUUGGGCUUUCCUCUCCCUGUAUCUCUCUAUGCUGUUCAGUCGAGUGUAUUUACCACUGACAAAGACCUGAAGGCAGAAAGAGUGAAGGGAGUCUUUGAAAGCCUGAGAUCCCAGUUUAUGAGCUACUCCAUCAAGCCUGUGAGUAACAUCAUUACCAGGGCAACAACAAAGAUGGCUGCCUCCAAUCAGGUUAGUUCAGAGACACUCCAGGCAGCAUCAGCAAAAUCAUCUGCUGUGGCUCAGAACCUUAUUAGUUUGGUUUUAUUUAAAGUUGCCAAGGUGUCCUGCUCUGAUGACUUAGAGGGUCUGGGUGAUCAUCUCAGAUGCCCCUCAACUUUGACCAGAGUUUUGACACCUUUGACCUCUGAGAAAGUUACACUGACACCUGCUGUUCUGAAGAUCAGAAGGGAGAUGUCUAAGGAAGUGGCCACCGAACUCCAGAGUUUCCUGAUCAAGGAAUCCCUUACUGACACCCAGACACCAUCCAAUGGACAUGUUUGCACUUCUGGUUCUGCCCCAAGGGAAGCUGUGCGGGACAUCCUGAGGAAAACCAAAGAGGAGGCUUCCAACAAAAGCCUGAAUAAUAUUUUCUCUGUAAAUUUGGAUGAGCGGCUCACAGACUCCAUUGCAGAUGCCUUAUAUCCAAAGCUGCAUGACAGAUUGGAGUCCAAGAGAGAGCUGCAGGCUUCUUAUUACAGCUCCCAGAUAAGCUGUAGCCUCAGCCCCUUCAAAGUUGAGAGCAGCCUAGAGCUCCAGGAGUUCACUGACCCACUAUCUGAGUCAGUAUUGUGUCUCCUGGAUAGGACAUUUGGAGAUAAAGCUCAGAACUUAAAGACAGGUGGGGGUGUUUUGAUUGGACCCCACACCAACGACGUCAAUGUGGUUAUGCACAAGAUUGCAGUGGAGGAGUUGCCUGUUGAGGGUUGUAUUGCGCAAAGUGAGGCCAUUCAUGGCCUUCACAAGAAGCAAGAGUUACCUUCCAGCACCAGUGGCAGAGGGAAUGAGACCCCGAGCCCUACUAAUUGCCUACUGGAGGGUGUAGUGGGCAAACUGGUACGGAAGAUGCUAUUUGAGGGCCUUAACAUCCCUGAGGUACCCAUGAACUACAGCUGCUCUGAGAACUUUAAGCUACAGUAUGAACUGGUUGCAAAGCUUUGUCCUCUGAUGGUAAGUUCAAUCAUGGCUACAACCAUAGCCAAUCAACCACCUACUAUUCAAGAAGCAGUGAUGUCUUCCGAGAACAUCCAUGUGAAAGAGCUGUGUGAGGCAGGUAUCAAACACCUCAAAGAGAACCAUGUACCCGAUGACUCUGAGACAAACAUCAUGGUCAGAGGGGCUUUGAGUGAAAUUGAAUCCUGUAUGAUUGAGACCUCCGACAAGGACUCUCCCAGUCUACAUUCCACACCAGAGGUGGUUGUAGACCUGAUCACCAAGCUGCUUCAUGGGUAUGAGCUUAACUCAGAGGACUUUGCAUCACCUGUGUCAUCCCCAACCACCACUCUCUCUGAUGUGGCAAUGGACAUGGUGGUUUCUGUCCUUCGGGACAUGUCCGAUUCCCCAGACGUUACCUCAGCAUUGGAAAUGACCAAGGAUCUCAAGACGCCUUACUCCCGCCCCUCAAGUGCAAGGAUUGUAAGUGCCCUCUGCAGAGAGCUGGAGGAGCACAUGGGCUCUCCUGAUGCUCUGAGGCGAGCUUUGAGCCGUGGCAGCGGGGAGAUGGCAACAGCGAUUGCAAGUGCAGUCACCAGGGAAGUCCACCGUCUGGGUUCAAGCCUACCCAAAGUCUCUGUCAGGCCGCUCUCCUCAGACAUCUGCCUAAGGACAGACCAGGACAAGGUUAUGGUUAAGAGCCGAUGUGGCUCAGCUGAGGUGAAGGCAUCCCAACCGGUGUAUAUUAUUGUUCAUGUAGAGGCGGUGAUGGAUAUCAUUGUCCGGCUGCGGUCUCUGAUUGUUCCUCGAACCCAGGAUAAACUGGCCAGCUGGACCCUAGUUGAGGAUGUGACCAACAAGCUGUCCAGUGCUCUGUGGGUGAGGGUGACUAACAGGUGGAGGGAAGCAAAUGUCUGCCUGAAGGCAACAGACAUCUUUCAGUUGGUGCUGUCUGUGCAUAGAAAGUUGAUGCAACGCUAUGGCACAGAGGAAGCCCUACAGAAGAUACUGUGCCACAAGGCACCCAAGCUGCACAAGGACAUUGUCUGUCUUGUCACGAACGGAAUUAUGGAUGCACCAUCCAAACUUCAAGACACCAAAAAUCUGGAAUCUACACUCAACUUGAAAGAAUUGACAGCCUUGUUUAAUGAAAUGACAACCCGUCAAUCUUUGAAUAAGAAAGCUGAGCAGAGCAGCAUCAAGAUUGAGAUUGAACAGCCGGAGUGGUCCACUGUGGAACAAGUGACAUCCGGUUCCACCAGCUUCAUUAGGGAGCUUAUAUUAGAAGAAGUCCUGAUGAAGCUUGUCAAGAAGAUAUGCCGUAUGCCAAAAAGGACCAACAAGCGUCAGCGCAUCCAGAUCAGUGAUCUGGUGACUGAGCUGAUCCGAUUGUUCGACGAUGAGGUGGCCAAAUAUCUGAUUGAGGAAAUGGAAAGCCAGCAAAAAAGUUUCAAUUCUAAGAUGACAUCGAAGCUGGCAGAUGCCAUCUACACUGACCUUGGGAAGGUCAAGCGUUUGAAACGCUCCUUGAAAAUUGACGAAUUAUUUGAGGAUCAGGAGAUGCUUUCCAUUGUCUCUGUCAUUGUUUCCCACAAGCUACUGGCCAUCUUGAAACCCUCAGUUUCCAACCCAUAUGACCGUGAGACCUCAGACCUUGAAGACUCAUGCAGUAAUGAUUUGGAGGAUGCGGAAUCUGAGGGGGUGCAUUAUGCCACCGGCAGAAAGUCCAACAUGAGCAUCGUCCUUAAAGACACUACAAACCAGCCAGAGAUGUACAUUGCUGUGGAUUCUACACCUAUGAUUAAAUUAUCCAAGAUGAGGAAAGGCAUCCGGGACUUCUUCUGGGGAAUCCAGAAGGCCUGGAAACGCUUGGUCACCUGCAAGUCCUCUGGGUCCUCUGAUGGGUAGCCUGGAUGACGUGCAGCCCAUGUCAGUUGCUUUUGCCAGGCUACAUCUGAGGAGGACACCACAACUGGCCUCAAUACAACAUUUGUAUUUUUGUUGUUCAUUUCUGUUUUCAUUUUGAAUCCCCUAAUGCUGCUAUAUUUGAACCAGGCUGUCAGUGGACUAGCUUACCAUUAGUUUAUACUCCUUAAGGAAGAUCCACUAUAGGCUACUCAACACCAAAAUUCCAUCUGGGUCUUUUGAUCCCUUAUUAGCUCCCACUCCUGUAACUAGGAAUGUGAGCUUCUAAAUGUCAUUCAGACAUCUACAGCUUCUCCUGUGAUUAGGAAGAUAAGCUAAGAAGCCCAACCAAUUGACUAGAUGUGCUGUACAUCUGAUGCCAUCUCCCUAUUGUAAUCAUUGAGCCACGUCCAUUGCAGCCUAAAUUAAAAAAUGACAAGGAGGGAAGGCCGACAGCAGCUUCUACUCUUACGAUUAGUGGUGCUAAACCUUUUGGGCUUUGAGGAACUAUGUAUUUUAUUUUUCAAUCACUUACAUAUUUUUUAAUGGUUGUUUUAAUAAAGCAUUUGUAUUGCAGA